AUGCCUUUAAGUGAUGACAUUCGCGUUGUGGUGGCUAUCGAUUUUGGAACUACUUAUUCCGGAUUCGCAUUUGCUCAUAAAGCCAAUCCUAAAGUUAUCAUAACACAAGAUUAUUGGAAUGGACCCGAAGGAGAAGGAUUGUAUAAAACGCCAACGGUCAUAAAAUAUGAUGAUUCCUACGAAAACGUAGAAUCGUGGGGUUUAUCCGCAUUGACAAAAAAAUCAAAAAAAUCACAUAGGUCUUUUCAAACCUCAUCAAAACCACUCAAGUGGUUUAAACUAUAUUUAUUGGGAAGUGCGUUAACAUAUGAAAAACCAUUCUUACCAGAUGUAUUAGAUUAUAAACAAGUCAUUACAGAUUAUUUGGAAAAGUUAGGUGAAGAUAUUAAAAUUAGGUUAAAAAUGCAUUGGAACGAUGUGGAAUUUGAUAAACAAGUUGUAGUUGUACUAACGAUCCCUGCAGAAUUUGAUGACGAUGCGAUUACAAUCAUGCGUAAAUGUGCGUUUAAUGCGAAAUUGAUUCCAACGGAAUAUAGUCAAAAUUUGAAAUUUACAACAGAACCCGAAGCUGCAGCGAUUAACUCCAUGGAUACCCUAAAAAAUGAACAUAAAUUGGGACCGGGAGACUUGUUCAUGGUGGUUGAUUGUGGCGGUGGCACAGUAGAUUUAACAACGCAAGAAUUAUUAAACGACGAUGAAUUAAAUGAAAUAACAGUACGUACUGGCGAUGAUUGUGGUUCAUAUAAUAUAGACCGGUCAUUCAUAGAAUUUCUUGGUGAUAAAGUCGGAAAGUCUGCCAUGGAUCUCUAUGAGAAAGAUCAUUACACUAAUCUACAAAAUAUCGUACAAAAUUUCUGUCAGUCUGUUAAAUUGCAAUUUACGGAAAACCAAAAAGAUUUUCAACCUUUUCAAUUAGAUUUAGAAGUGGGUGGAUUCGGCACGUCUAAAUACUUACAAAGUAGAAUUAGACAAAAAUUUUUGGAAGAUGAAGUGCCAAAGAUUUCUGUGCCUGAUCUACCUAUUAUAUCUAUUAUGAGAGGAGCUGUCAAAUAUGGUCUUACAGGAAAAAUUAAGAAACGCGUAUUGAAAUGGACUUAUGGUACUAUCGCAGUAAGAAAAUGGGAACCGACUGAUCCAUUGGAAUUAAAACUUCCAAAUGGAUAUAUAAAAGUUUUUGAAAAACUUGCGGAAAGGAGCCAUCAAGUUUCAACGGUUGAAGAAGUUACCAGAUUUUUUAAACCAUAUUCAUUAAGUCAACAAAAAAUGAAUAUUGAUAUGUAUAUUACAGCAUUAAAUGAUGCAAAAUAUUUACGAGAUGUAAAGCUAUUUCGAAAAUGGGAAGUUAACUUGACAGGGGUAGAUGAUUAUGAUGAUGAUAAUACAAUUACAUUUACUUUGAAAUUUGGUGAGAUGGAAAUGUUUGCUACUGCUAAAAAUAAGGCUGAAGACGUACAGCAAGUUACUUUUAAAUAUAAUUUAGAAGCAUCUUUAAAUAAAAUAUCUGGUAUAAUAAGGUCGGAAACAUUGUAA